AAAUGGUGCUAUAUCAAUAUAAGUAGUAAAACACAAUGUAUGAUGGAGAAUAUAGCUGAGGAGAUUGUAAAAGCUACAAAAAAGAGAUCAAUCAGAAAAAGAAAAUCCAUACGUUAUCGUCAUCCUGAAAGUUCAGAGGAAGAGGAUCAUUCAUCAGAUCCAGAUUACAUGGAGAAACUCAAGAGAGCAAUGAGUGAUGGUAUGGAUAAAGAUGUCAUCAUUCCAUUUGUACAAACUUUAGAGACACUAGAAGAUACUACUUCUCAUGAAAUUACUCCAGAUACAUCUUAA